GCAACGUCAUCUCGUGUUUCAGGCCCAUUUUAACUCUCUUCUCUACAAGUAGCUUGUUUUGAUACACUGUCUUUACUUUUGUUCUUGUUGCAUUGAAGUUGAGGUGGGUGGAUUUGGAUUUCUUUUUCUUUUUCUUUUUCAUUUUCAUUUUUUCUUGAGCUUUACCCCUUGCAUCUUUUUUCUUUCUCUUCUCUUUUUCCUUGCGCAUGUGGCGGAUUAGCUGGUGAAUGCUUACAUAAUUCGAGUUCUGAAAGAAACACAGAGCACUGGCCAAAGAUUUGGACUGGACAUAUGGAAGUAGCAUCUGAUUUUCGUAGUUGGGAUGAAUUAAUGCCUGACACUCUUGGGAUAAUCUUCUCAAAUCUUUCUCUCCAGGAAAGAUUGACGGUGAUUCCCAGGGUAUGUAAAUCAUGGGCUAAAGCAGUAACUGGACCUUACUGCUGGCAAGAGAUAGACAUUGAGGAGUGGAGCCGCCGCUGCGAGCCUGACCACCUUGACCGGAUGGUUGAGAUGCUGAUCACAAGAAGCUCUGGAGCCCUCCGCAAGCUAUCUGUUUCUGGUCUUCAGACUGAGAAAAUAUUCACUUUCAUUGCAGAAAAUGCUGCCUCCCUCCAAAAUUUGCGACUGCCAAGGAGCAAUAUGAAUGAUCAUAUAGUGGAGCUGGUUACUAGAAGGCUUUGUAUGAUUUCUUUCUUAGAUGUGAGCUACUGUCUUGAAAUUGAUGCACAUGCGCUAGAUAUAAUUGGCAAGAACUGCAAACUGCUUGAAGGUUUGUGUCGGAACAUGCAUCCAGUGGAUACUGCAGGCAAUCCUUUAGAAGAUGAUGAAGCAUUUGCAAUUGCCUCCACUAUGCCUAAGCUCAAGCAUCUUGAAAUGGUUUACCAUGUUAUCAGCAAUGAUGGUGUUCUUCAAAUUCUUUCAAACUGUCCUAAGCUUGAACUUUUGGAUCUGAGGGGGUCUUGGGGUGUCAAACUUGACAACGUGUUUGUAAAGCAGAAUUAUCCAAAACUGAAAGUUUUGGGGCCUCUUGUUCUAGACUACUACUAUUACGAGAGGGAUGACUGGGAAGAUUGCUCUGAUAUCUCAGAUUCUUCUGAGUAUUUGGGUUGGGAAUUUGUGGCUGGGGGGGACAUGGAUGAAUACUAUGACGAUGAAGGUGAGAGUUAUGAUGGGGUGUGGGAUGAUGAAGGAAGGCUAGAGGAGCUUGAGUUCAGGUUUUAUGAAAGUAUCGAAGAUGCUGGAAUGCAUUGGCCUGCAUCACCAUAGAGCUGGAAUUGCAUGCUUUUCUAUUUUCUGUAUCUAAUGCUUCUACCCUAGACUUUUUACAUGCUCUAUGCAUGAUGUAUAUCAAUGAAAAUGAGGCAGCUUGGCUUGCCCUCGUCGGAAAUUAAAUUUUACAAACUUAUCUUAGAUUUUUUAUUGGUGUAAUUGAUAUGUUACUAUUUGAGCGAUGGUCAAAG